CUCACUUAUCACACAAGGUCAUGCCCCCCUUCACAAAAAGCCCUUUUAGAAAAUGGGGGGCGGAACAAAAAGGGUGCCAUUUGUAAAGGAUGUUUUCUUAUCAGUCUCUGCGGGAUAUAAAAGGAGUGGGUGAAAUAGCUUCUCCCCGUAGGGUGUUCUUUUUUUUUUUUUUUAAAAGAACAUUAGCUCUCUGCUGCUAUACCAUUUGUUUGAAACCAACCAAGCAACUCUUUUAACAACCAUGCCUGGACCUGCACCUUUCAUCCUCGCAGCUGGCGCCGCUGGAGCCGCCGCGGCCAUGUACUUGACCCAUCAACCCCAAGAGUCUGGCCAACACGCUACGGGUGCCUUGACAUCGAUUGGAGCCGGUCUCCUUCCUACAAAGAGUUCGCCUUCCUCCCCUGGCCUACAGACGCGCCCUGUGAGCUUUAGAAGGCACAGUGAGACGUCUCUAUCGUACGGGGAUGAACAGAGGUGGGCACGGGAGGCUGGAAGGACAAAGUGAGGUGCGCGGAAGUUUUCUGUUGGUCGCUGGAAAAGGCAACAAAGAGCAUACAUGUUGUUGCUCGGAAACCAGACUGGCACGAUUGGUGGCAUGUAAAUAGAGUUGGGGGAAAAUAAAAAACAUCUCUGGUUUUUCUCUGAACUUGGUCCUGACUCUAAUCGGAUUUGUGUUUGAUGGCACAUCAAAAAGCAGGCAGAUGGCCGAGAUUGCAGUUUACCUGGCAUUUUCAUAGGAACAAGACUGACUAUGCCAGACUCUUGAGACCAUCUGCGCGCGCAGGUGUGCAAAUGGAUGUUUGCUCCAGAAGGAUAUGCUGUUUUGGAUGCGUUUGAGAGAGUGACAGAAUGGAUUGGGGGACUUGCACAUGUCGCUCUCUUUUUCAUGUAAAUACCGUUUAAAAUACAUCUCAAAUGACCAAAUA